GGACUGUAAGUUAGAUAGGACUAUCAGCAAACUGUCUAGCCGGCUUGAUGAGAUGGUGUCCAAGAGAAUGCAAGAAAAGAACAGAGGAUCCAAGGAUUUUUUGUCGCUGAGUGCUAGAGAAUCCCAGCAGGAGACAAAGAAUGUUUACUCCAGAUUAUAUUAGCGCAGUUACCUUUGAACAUCUGCUUGCUGGAUCAUCAACAAUAGCAUUCACAUUGUCAUCUGUUGUCUAUCUUGUUGCGGGACAUCCAGAGGUGGAGCAGAAGUUGCUUGCCGAGACUGAUGGAUUUGGACCACAUGAUCUGGUGCCAACUGCUCAUGAUCUUCAGCACAAAUUCGCCUAUCUUGAUCAGGGAAACAUCGAAGGAAAUAGAGAUAGGAGGCUACCUUCUUCCGAAGCCCCUGGAGUUAUGGCUAAAGAUCCCAAGAAUUUUUCUGAACCGGAUAAGUUCAAGCCAGAAAGGUUUGACCCAAAUUGUGAAGAAGAGAAACAGAGGCAUCCUUAUGCUUUCAUACCCUUUGGGAUUGGCCCUCGAGCAUGCUGGCCAGAAAUUCACCCUCCAGGAAAUAAAACUCUCACUGAUACAUGUAUACCGGAAAUACACAUAUCAACACUCACCCAACAUGGAAAAACCUUUGGAACUUGAAUAUGGCAUGGUUCUCAACUUCAAGCAUGGGGUAAAGCUUAGAGCAGUUAGAAGAACUUUGAAACACUAAUGUACUUGUUAUACCCUUUGUCUGGAAUAUUAGAAACAGAGAAAGUAAGGCUGCAUUUAGACUUUCUACAUUCUAAAUCCCAGAAAACAAGAUGGUGAUCUUCUUGAAGAAAAAUAACAAUCAAUC